AUGGAUAAACUUACACUAAUCUCUGGGACACUGUUUAUGACUGCAGAUGUCUUUGCAAUAGUAAGCCUUGCUAUGCCAGACUGGAUUAUCACUGAUGUUGGAGGUGAUACUCGUCUCGGAUUAAUGUGGUCAUGUAUAACUCUGUACAACCGUCCUCAAGUGUGUUUCACACCAGAUCUGCAGCCUGAGUGGUUGUUAGCUCUCAUCUGUAUAUUCAUUGGAUGUAUUUGCAUAACAACUACAGUAAUACUUUUGGCAUCAAGUCAUUUCGAUCGCAAUGUAAUUCCUUAUGCCCGUUGGGUUGGAUUUGCAGCUAUGGUUGUCUUCUGCCUGGCUGCCGUGAUAUUUCCAAUGGGUUUCCAUGUUGAUGAGAUAGGAGGUCAGCCCUACCAGUUACCCAACAGCCACCAAGUUGGAAUAUCAUAUAUAUUGUUUGUUCUCUCAUUAUGGAUAACAGUUAUAUCUGAACUAUUUGCUGGGAAAGUAUGUCUUCCACAUUUUUAA